AUGGAAAUUGAUCUGAACCAUGCAGUGACUGAGGUGGAGAAGAGUGCUUAUUGUAAUGGGGAUUGUGACAAGGUGGGCGGUGGCUGUGUUUAUUGUUUGUCCUCUUCAACUUCUUCAUCUUCUUCAAAUUCAUCUUCAGCUCCCGUGGCUUCUUCAAUUUAUUUGGAGCUUUGGCAUGCUUGUGCUGGUCCACUCAUCUCACUGCCCAAGAAAGGGAAUGUGAUUGUCUACUUCCCACAAGGUCACUUGGAACAGGUUGCCUCAUCCUCUCCUUUCUCUUCCAUGGAGAUGCCCACCUUUGAUCUCCAGCCACAGAUCUUCUGCAAGGUUGUGAAUGUCCAGCUACUUGCUAACAAGGAAAAUGAUGAGGUCUAUACACAUGUCACUUUGCUUCCUCAGCCAGAGUUGGUAGGAACAAAUUUAAACGGCAAAGAGCCUGAAGAGUUAGGAGUGGAUGAGGGGGAUGGAGGAUCACCUACAAAAUCAACCCCUCACAUGUUCUGCAAAACACUUACAGCUUCUGACACCAGUACCCAUGGAGGGUUCUCUGUUCCUCGCAGAGCUGCUGAGGACUGUUUUCCUCCUUUGGACUAUAAGCAGCAGAGGCCCUCUCAAGAGCUUGUUGCAAAGGACCUGCAUGGGGUGGAGUGGAGGUUUCGACAUAUUUAUAGAGGUCAGCCAAGGCGACACCUGCUCACUACAGGAUGGAGUAUUUUUAUAAGCCAAAAGAAUCUUGUCUCGGGGGAUGCUGUGCUUUUUUUGAGGGGUGAAAAUGGAGAGCUAAGGUUGGGAAUUAGAAGAGCUGUUCGACCUAGAAAUGGUCUUCCUGAUUCAAUUGUGGGCAACCAGAAUUCUUAUCCCAGUGUUCUCUCUCUUGUGGCUAAUGCAAUAUCCACUAAGAGCAUGUUUCAUGUAUUCUACAGCCCUAGGGCAAGCCAUGCAGAGUUUGUCAUCCCCUACCAAAAGUAUGUCAGAAGCUUUGCUAAUCCAGUGACCACCGGGACAAGAUUCAAAAUGAGAUUUGAUAGGGAUGAUUCACCGGAAAGAAGGUGUAGUGGUGUAGUGACUGGCAUCAGCGAUUUGGAUCCCUAUGGAUGGCCUAACUCCAAAUGGAGAUGCUUGAUGGUCAGAUGGGAUGAAGAUAUAGGAAAUGAUCACCAAGAACGAGUCUCCCCGUGGGAGAUUGAUCCUUCCGUUUCUCUCCCACCUUUGAGCAUUCAGUCUUCUCCAAGAUUGAUGAAGAAACUGCGGACAAGUCUGCAGGCAACCCCGCCCAACAACUCCAUAACUGCUGGAGGGGGUGGGUUUAUGGACUUUGAGGAAUCAGUUAAAUCCUCUAAGGUCUUGCAAGGUCAAGAAAAUAUAGGUUUCAUAUCACCCCUGUAUGGAUGUGAUACUGUAAACCGCCCGCGAGAUUUUGAGAUGCAAGCUCCGGCACAUCCAAGUCUUGCAUCAAAUGCAACACAGAAGGCUACUAUUGGCGAGCUUAUGAGGGCUCGCCACUCCACCUACACAGGAUUUGCGGAAUCUGAUAGGUUUCCAAAAGUCUUGCAAGGUCAAGAAAUAUGCCCAUUGAGAUCUUUGACAGGAAAAGCAAAUUUCACCCUAGGUGAUUGGGAAUCCAACCUUGGUUGCACAUCUUUCAACAUUUAUCAAGCGGCCAAACCAAAUUUUUUCUCUCUAGCUUCUGAAUCCCUUCCAAAUAUAUAUUUUCCUUAUGGUGACAUUCGCAGAGCUGGCCAAGAUCCUGUGAUGUGCUCUAAUGCUACUAACUUACCCAGGGAGAGUAUGAAAAUCAACCCAUAUUCUAUGCAAAUGGGAGUUACACGAAAUGAAGUUGGAAGGCCAAAUAAACCUAGUGAGCAUAAGCCGCAGGAGAGUAGCUCUGCUCCUCCCACUUUAGUGCCAAAUCCAAGAAAUCCCAAUGAUGAAGACUUUAAUGGAACUGUUACUGGAUGUAAACUUUUUGGGUUUUCCUUGACUGGGGAAAAUCCCACUCCAAACUCUCAGAGUUCCAGUAAGAGGAGUUGUACAAAGGUUCACAAGCAAGGCAGCUUAGUGGGAAGAGCCAUUGAUCUCUCGAAACUGAAUGGCUAUGGUGACCUGCUGAGUGAACUAGAACGGCUAUUUAGCAUGGAAGGCCUUCUACGAGAUUCUGAUAAAGGAUGGCGGAUCUUGUACACUGACAGUGAGAAUGAUGUCAUGGUUGUUGGGGAUGACCCAUGGCAUGAGUUUUGCAAUGUGGUCUCCAAAAUUCAUAUAUACACUCAGGAAGAAGUGGAGAAGAUGACCAUUGGAAUGAUCAGUGACGAUACUCAAAGUUGUUUGGAACAAGCCCCAGUCAUGCUGGAAAUGUCAAAGUCCUCAUCAGUGAGCCAGCCAGAUUCUUCCCCAACAGUAAUCAGGGUCUAA